AUGCAAUAAAAAAUAAGGCAAUAAAAUUUUUUAUUUAAAACAUACAUCAUUAUUUUUAAUUAAUUUAAUUAAAACAGUUCUCAAAAAAAUAUUUUUUGGAUUAAUUUAUUGCUUAUAUAAUCAAUUAUAAAUUAUAUUUUAUAAAAAAUAAAAAAUUACACAACAAUAAAAACAUCUUUGUUAAUUCAAUAAAAUUGUUAAAAACAUCAACGAUUGAUAAAAAAUAUAAAAAUAAUAAUAAAUUCAUCUAAUUAAAAAACAUAAAUUAUAUUUAUUAAAAAUAAAAAAUUACACAACAAUAAAAACAUCUUUGUUAAUUCAAUAAAAUUAAACAAAUUUUAAUUAAAAAAAUUAUUAAUCAAUUAGUAAUAAAAUCAUCUAAUUAAAAAACAAAUGAUACAAUAAAUAAAAUAAUUUCGUCGUUAUGAAGAUUUUAUUAAAUCUGAAGAAUUUUUACAUACAAAUCUAGAUAUUGACAUAACGAGCCAACACAUUUACGAAGAAGGAGCAUUAAUUUUAGGUUAAGCUUUAGAAAAGUAUACUGAUCUCUAAUUUCUGAAACUCAAUCUAUGCUGCUGUUAUAUUGGAUGUAAGGGUGCUUCAGGUUUAGUUAGUUACUUGUCUAAAUGCACUAAUCUCUCGAAUUUAAAUCUCAACCUUAGUGGAAGUCGAUUUGAGUCAGAAGGUUUAUUAGACCUGGGAUUGGCCUUGGAAAAUAUUACUAAUCUUUCAAUUUUAGAUCUGAAUAUUGGAUAUAAUUUCUUUGACGAUAAAGGGAUAUAAGAAUUAGCACUAUGCUUAUCCAAUUGCAAAAAUCUCAAAAACUUAAAUCUCAAAAUGGAUAAUUCAUUAGGUUCUUUUAUACGUCCUGAUAAAAUGGGUUUUUGUUUAGCGAAAUGUCCUAAACUCUAGAUUUUAGCUCUUAGAAUUCAAAAUGAUGCAGCUAAAAUUAAUUUUUAAUUUCUAAAAAUUAUCAUCAAAUUUAUUUAAAAUUUAUUAUUUUAUUUUAUGAUUUUUUUUCUUUUAUUGAUUGAAAAAUAAUAAAUAUAACUUAUGAGGUUGAGAGUGGACUCAGUGAAGAUUCGUAGGAGACUAAAUAUAAAAUUGCUCAAAACUAAAAAAUUAGUUUUGAAGCAAAUUGAUUUCUUAGAAAAUCGUAUGUUUUUUUGA